AUGUCCAGCGUCUCUGAAAACAGCGGUAAUUUCUCUGAUCUUAAAGUUUCGAAAUGGCUGGUAGAAGCCCUACGUUCGAUGAAAAUAACCCAGCCAACAGCUAUUCAAAGAGCAUGUAUUCCUAAAAUUCUAGAAGGAAGAGACUGUAUUGGGGGUGCUAAGACAGGUUCGGGUAAAACUAUCGCGUUUGCGGCACCAAUGCUCACGAAAUGGUCGGAGGAUCCAAGUGGAAUGUUCGGUAUAGUUUUGACACCUACCCGAGAGCUUGCGAUGCAGAUUGCUGAGCAAUUCACUGCACUAGGGAGCUCAAUGAACAUUCGAGUUGCACGGAUUGUUGGUGGGGAGAGUAUAGUUGAUCAGGCGCUGGAGCUUCAAAAGAAGCCGCAUUUUAUAGUGGCCACGCCUGGCCGCUUGGCUCAUCAUAUCAUGAACAGUGGUGACGACACUGUGGGCGGAUUGAGAAGGGUAAAAUACUUGGUCCUCGACGAAGCAGAUAUUCUACUGACAGACACAUUCACGGAAGACCUUGCGACGUGUGUAGGAGCCCUACCACCAAAGUCGAGUCGCCAGAACCUUCUGUUCACGGCCACCGUAACCGAUCAAGUCAAACAACUGCAAAAUGCUCCAGCUACUUCUGGAAAGCCUCCUGUUUUUUCCUAUGAAGUUGAGAGAAUGGACGACGUUGCAAUUCCAAGGACGUUGAAGACUACUUACCUACUCGUUCCAGAGCAAGUAAAAGAAGCUUACCUUUAUCAGAUUCUCACUAGCAGUGCGUACAAAGAAGCAAGUGCCAUCAUUUUUGUCAACAGAACAGUAACAGCUGAAAUUUUGAGAAGGACUUUAAAAGAACUGGACGUACGAGUGGCCUCGCUUCAUUCGCAAAUGCCGCAACAAGAGCGUACCAAUUCUUUACACAGGUUUCGUGCAAAUGCUGCUCGCGUUUUGAUUGCCACAGAUGUAGCCUCGAGAGGUCUAGAUAUUCCCACUGUUCAGCUGGUGGUCAACUACGAUAUUUCCGCAAAUCCUGACACAUUUAUACACAGAGCCGGUCGUACUGCUCGUGCGGGUAGGACCGGUGAAUCGAUUUGUUUUGUAGGCCAGCGUGAUGUGUCGAGAAUAGAAGCGAUUGAAGAGAGGAUCAAUAAAAAGAUGACCUUAUUUGAGGAUGUGCAUGACACGGCAGUCAUCAGGAAAGCACUCAACAAGGUUACCGCAGCCAAACGGCAGAGUUUAAUGGCUAUGGAGAAAGAAAGUUUCGGUGAGCGCCGUAAGAUAAACGACCGUAAAAACGGCAAGAGAAAGAUUUAA